AUGGCGGAUCGAAUGACUCAAUUACAAGAUAUGAUUAACGAGAUGGCUUCACUCAUGACAAAUGCAAUCGGAGUAUUGCAAGCAACAGCUCCACCGUGCGAAUUUGGAACGAUUUCACAGGAGCUUGAAGACGAACCAAACUGUGCUAUUUUUGCUGCUAGUAUUGCCAAAUCUGCUAAAAAUAUUGAGAUUUUAAUCGACUCAUUUCCAAUUGAAGCCGGUAAUAUGGAACAAGAAGUCGAAGAGAAAAUGCUAGAAAAUAACACUAUUCAGGGAGAAAAAGUCAAAGAACUGAAGGGGUUGGUCGUGGAGAGCAAGGAUCUAGUGUCCAUCGUACAGAGCAAACUCUCUGAAAUUUCAAAUAUUCAAAUGACUUCCCGUCCAAAUGAAUAG